AUGGAUAUUCCAGUCAUUGAACCAUUGAAUCUGCACAGAAGCCCAUCAGAAAUCGAUGAGUGGGUAGAACAUUUCGAAUUAUGGUACAGCAUCCGGAAAGGAGGAAUGCAAAAGCAGUCGGUCCUAUUUUUGACGUUGGGCGGCCGAGAGCUGUAUUUCCUGGUAAAGAAUCUAGCAUUCCCGAAUGUUCCUGCUGAAUUGCCGUUCGAGAAGUUGAAAUCCCUAUUACUGGACUACAUUCUCCCAAUGGAUUUUCAGGCCACUGAACGGGCCAAAUUCAAGUCAAUGAUCAGGGCUGCCAACAUGCCGUGC